UUCACCUUAGUAGAUCGACAGGAGAAUUGAGGGAAGGGGUAAAAGAGGAGUCGCCAUUUUUCCGCUGCGAAGCCCCUUUGCGUUUCAAUAGCAGUGACCUCAAUGGAAAGAGGCUGUUAGAUCGGAGAAGAAUCUGCCAGCGAGCACUGAGAGAGCAAAGUGGUUCGGCGUUUAUCCUUCUUCCUCUCGUAGGAACCCUGCUCUUUCUUUUGGCAAAGUCCUUCGCCGGGCAGAGAAACUGUGCCUUUGGCAUGGCAAUCUACUUUAGAAUUUAAAAAAGAAAAUGAUACCUAGAAUUCCUUCUGCGGAGGAUAACAAUGAGUUAAUUCACAGAGGAGUCUCCCAGCAUAGAGCUUUUCCCUUCCGUAUGCUAUGGCUCUUCAUGUUCUUCCUUGUUCUCGGUAUUGGAUUCUUCGCCUUCAGUGUCUAUCUCACGCGGCACUUCGCGUUCCAGGGCAUUCGGAUCCAAGCUCGCUCAAACUUCCGGGCCUGCGAUGACGUGAUGCAGGGCGGGGUUACAUUGGAUCAGUGGAUCCGCCCUUUGCAGACCACAGCGCAUGGCAUGAGCGACGGGGAGCUUCUCUGGCGUGCAUCUUUCGUUCCCCAGGUGAAGGAGUAUCCCUUUCGGAGGACGCCCAAGAUCGCCUUCCUAUUCCUCACCAGGGGCCCGCUACCCUUGGCGCCUCUUUGGGAGAAGUUCUACCACGGUUACUUAGGGCUGUACUCCAUUUACAUUCAUACUCUUCCCUCUUACAUAGCCAAUUUCUCUUCAGAAUCCGUGUUUUAUGGACGGCAGAUUCCUAGCCAGGUGUCGGAGUGGGGGCAGAUGAGCAUGUGUGAUGCUGAAAGAAGGCUCCUUGCAAAUGCCCUGCUAGAUAUUUCAAAUGAAUGGUUUAUUCUGCUGUCUGAGAGUUGCAUACCGCUUCACAAAUUCAGUGUCCUCUACAAAUACUUAUCAAAAUCGAAAUAUAGUUUUAUUGGGUCAGUUGAUGAUCCCGGCCCAUAUGGCAGGGGACGAUAUGAUCCCCGAAUGUUACCGGAGGUCAGCAUUGAACAGUGGCGUAAAGGAUCACAGUGGUUUGAAGUUAACAGAAAGCUAGCAAUCAUUAUUGUUAAGGACAUAACUUAUUAUCCCAAGUUUGAGAAGUUUUGCAAGCCCCAUUGUUAUGUGGAUGAGCACUACUUCCCUACAAUGCUUACAAUUGAAUCCUCUCAUCUUUUGGCAAACAGAAGUUUAACAUGGGUGGACUGGUCAAGAGGUGGGGCUCAUCCUGCUACAUUUGGGAGAUAUGACAUCACCGAGUCAUUUUUGAAGAGAAUUCUCAACGGAUAUACAUGUUUAUACAAUAACUACAACUCAACGAUUUGUUUUCUUUUCGGCAGGAAGUUUUCUCCAAGUGCUUUAGAACCCUUAUUACAUCUAGCGCCUCAUUUGCUGGGAUUUGGGUGAUAAAAUUUUGCACAACUUCAGAAGUAGAAAGAGUAGCGACCUUUGAGAUUUCAUGUUCUCUAUCGACUUUGUAUCCAUCCAAGAGAUCUACUCAAGGAUUUUCAAUAUUUUUUUUGAGAAUUUUCAUCUCACCUUUUUUUUUUCUCCUUGUACAAACAAACUGCUGCAGUGUUAAACAUCAUACUAAUGAAAUAGCGGAUUGAUCGA